AUGGAUGAAUCUGAGGAGUACAGCAACGGCAAUGGCGGCGGCGGGCACCAGCAGCCGCACCACCACCACCACCACGGGUACGAGUGGAAGUUCCCGGCGGCGCUGAGCGCGAACACGACGAGCGUGCACGUGACGGCGCUGGACGGCGUGGUGAACGUGAACUCGCUCUUCACGGUGGCCGUGUUCGUGGGCCUGUCCCUCGCGACCCCAGGCCAGCUCCGGAGCCUCGCGAACGACCCGCGGUGCGACGCGGGCCCCGGCGUGGCGCGGUCGCUGCUGGUGCUGGAGGUGGUGGCCUUCUCGUCGUUCCUCUUCUCCAGCCUGGUGGCGCAGGGCCUGAAGCUGGCGCUCAACCUCAUCAACUCCAAGGACCCGCACGACGCUCUGCGCGCGCACAUCGACGCCCGCGUGCUCCGCCUCAGGAUGCUGGCCUCCGCCGUGGGCUCCGUCGUCGGGUGCGUGUUCUUGAUGACGUCCAUGGUGAUGGUCGUGCAUAUCCGGCUCGGUACGCUGGGGUGCCCCACUGACCGCGCCGCCGCCAAGGCCGCCGCGGGGCUCGUCGGGCUCGUCACCACCGCGCUCGCCGUCUAUGUCGGCACCGUCUUCUACACCUUCACCCACUGA